AUGUUGUCAAAGUUCGUCGGAGAGGACAGCUUCUUAAAGGGUGUCACUAUCUAUCUCAAGAAACACCUGUAUGCGAACAGCGUUACUCAAGACCUUUGGCAGGGUAUUCAGGAAGCAACAGGUCUGAAUAUUCCAAAACUAAUGGAUAACUGGAUCAAAAAGGUCGGUUAUCCGGUCAUCACAGUAACUGAAACAAAAGAUGGCAUCCAUCUUCGCCAAGAUCGCUUCCUGGAGACGGGCCCUGCAUCGCCGGAUGAAAAUGAGACGAUCUGGACUGUCCCUUUGAGCCUCCUGAGUGUCUCAGAUAAUGGCGACAUUCUCCUUGAUACUCAGGCCGUGCUGGACAGCCGAGAGAAGACCAUAUCUUUGGAUAUAUCUAAACCUUUCAAGCUCAACGCUGGAACUAUUAGUUUCUGUCGCGUGCUCUAUACGCCAGAGAGAUUAGUUGCAAUUGGAAAAGAAGCAGCGAAAAAUCCAUCGCUGUUCUCUAUUGUCGAUCGUCUGGGCCUUGUGUACGAUGCACUGGAGCUAGCGAGAGCUGGUUUGGCAACAGUCAGCAGUGCGCUAUCACUCAUUGACGUCCUGCGGGAUGAAACCGAAGUCGUUGUGUUAAAGAGUAUCGCGGGGAACCUUAGCAUACUCUCCUCAGUUUGGUGGGAAUAUCCUAAUAUGGUUGAAUCAUUGCAAGCGUUUGAACGGGGUAUCUUUGUUCCUAUUGUGAAACGGCUUGGGUACGAAUUUUCUGAAGGAGAGGACGUGGACUCUCGCGCAUUGCGCGAACUGUCGAUUACUCGAGCCGCUCUGAGUGGAGACCUGAGUGUGAUUCAAGAGCUGACCAGUCGAUUUGCGCACUAUAUACGGACUGGCGAUGAUUCAACAAUCCCUGCAGAUCUAGAAGGGAUAAUUUACACAAUUGCUGUCCGUUACGGAGGGCGCGAUGAGUGGAAUGCCGUGAAGCGAAUUGGCAGCAGACCCAAGAACCCUGCGUCCGGAAUUGCCGCAAUGACAGCAAUGGGUCACACUUCCGACCUUGAGCUUGCUAAGGAGACAUUCCAGUAUAUUUUAUCCGAAUGCCGGGAUCAAGAUCUGGAUUAUCAGGAAACUGCCGAAUUCUUCAAGGACAAGGACACGGCUAGAUACCGGUUGGCCCUGCAAUCGACUUUGAGUAAUAUCGCAUCCAGGGCCGCUUGGGUUAAACGUUCGACCGAUGACAUCGAAGGGUGGCUGGAAGCUAGUAUGAAGAAAGACAUACGAUAA